AUGGAGAUAUCGGAAGCGCUGGUCAACGAAAAGCAGUUGAAGGGGAAGUGGAAGACUGCGGAUGUGUUUGAUCGCGAGCGAGCUCUUCGUCCUGCCGCAUCCACUCUCAGGUCGUACAUUUCUGGCUCGAACUUCCGCUCACCCAUUCUCACGUCCAGCAUCCCAAGAACUGUUUCAAACUGGAAGAAGCCGAUUGUGAUCGCGCGUCACGUUUUCGGGGACCAGUACAGGGCGACCGACAUUGUCGUGGAGAAGCGAAGCAAGUAUCAGAUCGUUAUUACCCCCGAAGAUGGCAACAAGGCCAGGUCAUACGACGUCUGCGAUUUUGGCGACUCUGGAGGUGUCGCGAUGGCCAUGUACAACUCCGACGAUAAGAUCAGCGGCUUCGCCCACGCCUGCUUCCAGCAUGCACUGAGCAUCACUUUUCCUGUCUACCUCAGCGCCAAGGAUGUCAUGCUCAGGGAGUACGACGGUGCUUUUGUCCGGAUCUUCUCGGAAAUCUUCGACAAGGAAUACAAGGCAAAGUUCGACAAGGCCGGCAUCUGGUUCUCCUACAUGCCCAUCGACAAGAUGGUGGCCUUCGCGCUCAGCUCGGAAGGAGGGUUCAUAUGGGCACUGAAGAACUACGACGGCGACGUCCAGAGCGAGAUGGUGGCGCAGGGCUUCGGGUCCAGGGAUCUCAUGACCUCAGUUGUGCUGGGCGCCGACGGCAAGACGCUGCUGGCCGAGUCGGCCCGCUCCGCCACGACAGGCGGCACCACGGUGCACCGUGGUCAGCCUGCCAUCAACCCUAUGAUGGACAUCUUCGCGUGGAUCCGCGGCCUGCAGCAUCGCGCCAAGUUGGACGACAACGCGAAGCUCGCGGACUUCGCGAGCAAGCUGGAGGCAGCCGCCGUGGAGACUGUGGACAAGGGCAAGGUCACGAAGGACCUGGUCGUCGCUGGAGCGGGCGGCAAGGAUGGUGGGGAGUUCCUGAACUCCAGAGAGAUGGUAGACUGCAUCGCGGAGGUGCUGCAGGAGAAAGUGAUGGCCGGCACGGCCGUCAUGUACACGCUCACUGACGAGGCGCCGAUGCUGGCCACUUACGCUCUGCUGCCCAUCAUUCGCGCCUUCACGCAGAAGGCUGGCAUCAACGUCGAGCUCCGGGAUAUCUCUGUCGCCGGCCGCGUGAUUGCUUCCUUUCAGGAUAAGUUGCCCGAGAACAUGCGCCAGGACGACGAGCUGUCCGCGCUCGGGGACCUGGCCAAAUCGCCGGCGGCCAACAUUGUGAAGUUGCCCAACAUCAGCGCCUCCAUCCCGCAGCUGAAGGCCUGCAUCGCAGAGCUUCAGGCGAAGGGCUACACUCUGCCCAACUAUCCCGACGAUCCGAAGAAUGACGAGGAGAAGGGGAUCAAGGCGAGGUACGCCAAGGUGCUGGGUAGCGCGGUGAACCCAGUGCUGCGCGAGGGGAAUUCGGACCGCAGGGCCGCUGUUCCGGUCAAGAACUACGCCAAGAAGCACCCUCACAAAAUGGGCAAGUGGAGCCCAGACAGCAAGACGCACGUGUCGCACAUGACCGAGGGCGACUUCUACGCCAGCGAGAAGUCGUACGUGACCACGGAUGCCACAGAGGUCCGGAUCGAGCUUGCGGCGAACGACGGGACCACGACCGUGCUGAAGCCCAAGACCACGCUGCUCCCGGGCGAGGUGAUCGACGCCUCCUACAUGAGCAAGAUGUGCCUGAGGUCUUUCUACAAGGCGCAGAUCGAGGACGCCAAGAAAAAGGAUGUCCUCCUCUCGCUCCAUCUGAAGGCGACCAUGAUGAAGAUUUCGGAUCCGGUCCUGUUCGGCCACAUGGUCCUCGAGUACUUCGACGAGGUGUUCCAGAAGCACGGCCCGACCCUGGAGCGCCUGGGCGCGAACCCGAACAACGGCUGGGGCGACAUCGUGUCGAAGGUGGCCACCCUCCCCGAGCCGGAACGGAGUGCCAUCGAGGCUGACAUUCAGGCCGUCUUCAAGAGCCGGCCGGAGCUGGCCAUGGUCGACUCGGACAAGGGCAUCACGAACCUCCAUGUGCCCAGCGACAUCAUCAUCGACGCCUCUAUGCCUGCCAUGAUCCGCGAAGGUGGGCAGAUGUGGACGCCGGGGAACAAGCUCAAGGACUGCAAGGCCUGCAUCCCUGACCGCUGCUACGCCAGCGUCUUCGACGUGGUGAUCGAGGACUGCAAGAAGAAUGGGCAGUUCGACCCUGCCACCAUGGGCUCGGUGCCAAACGUUGGGCUGAUGGCACAGAAGGCGGAGGAGUACGGGUCUCACGACAAGACCUUCGUGAUCCAGAAGCCUGGCACCAUCCGGGUCGUGGACUCGGGGUCUGGCGAGGUCCUGCUCAGCCACGUGGUCGCGGAAGGCGACGUCUGGCGCAUGUGCCAGACGAGGGACAUCCCGAUCCAGGAUUGGGUGAAAUUGGCAGUGGUCCGUGGACGCGCCACUGGCGCCAAGGUCAUCUUCUGGCUGGACGAGAUGCGCGCACACGACAAGAACAUCAUAGAGAAGGUCAAGAAGUACCUCCCUCAGCACGACACCAGCGGCCUCGACAUCGAGAUCCUGCCGCCCGCGGAGGCGUGCCGCGUCUCCGUCGAGCGCGCCAGGAAGGGCCUGGACUCCAUCUCUGUCACGGGGAACGUCCUCCGCGACUACAACACCGACCUAUUCCCGAUCCUGGAGCUGGGCACCAGCGCGAAGAUGCUGUCGAUAGUGCCCAUGCUCGCGGGCGGCGGCAUGUACGAGACCGGCGCGGGGGGCUCGGCGCCGAAGCACGUGCAACAGUUUGUCGAGGAGAACCACCUGCGCUGGGACUCCCUGGGCGAGUACCUCGCCUUGGCGGUGUCGCUGGAGGACCUCGCCGCCAAGACCAAGAACCCGAAGGCGAAGGUGCUGGCCGAGUGCCUGGACAAGGCCAACGAAAAGUUCCUCGACGCCAACAAGAAUCCUGGCCGCAAAUGCGGCCAGCCCGACAACAGGGCGAGCCACUUCUACCUGGCGAUGUACUGGGCGCAGGCGCUGUCCGAGCAGAGCGCAGACGAGGCCAUCUCGAAGCAGUUCACGCGGAUAAGGGCCGAGCUGGAGGCGAACGAGAGCGUCAUCAUUGACGAAAUGAUCAGUUGAAAGCCCGUCGACAUCGGCGGUUACUACCAGCCAGACCCCGAGAAGGUGCGGAGGGCGAUGUGCCCGAGCGCGAUCUUCAACGCCAUCCUGACCCUGGGCGCCAACUGGUGAGAGCCGAAAGGCCAGGCGAGGCGCGCGUGGCUCCCUGGCCCGCUCUCUUCUGGUGCCCCCCCCCCCGAUCCUCCCUCCUCCCUCCUCCCCCUCCUCCCUCCUCCCUCCUCC